AUGAUUUCCCCCCAAACUCAAAAUCCACCAACUCGAAAUCCCUCGUGGACACACUCAUUCGACACCCCUGAAGAAAGAUAUCUCAAAUCAUCCUUACGACCAGACUUCCACUGGGGUUUCGCAACCGCAGCCGCACAGGUCGAAGGGGCUGCAUUCACACACGGGAAAGGUCUUUCAUGUUGGGACACCUUCUGUCAUAUCCCCGGCAAAAUCAAAGAUAGCUCUACAAACGAUGAUAGCUGUCGAUCAUAUGACUUCUACAAACAAGACGUAGCAUUAAUGAAAAGCUAUGGAGUUACCGCGUAUCGAUUUUCGCUGGCCUGGUCACGGAUUAUCCCACUUGGAGGCGCCGAUGAUCCCGUGAAUGAAGAGGGUAUAAAAUACUACAGUGACCUGAUCGACGAGCUUCUCGCAAACGGCAUCACACCGUUCGUCACCCUGUUCCAUUGGGAUAUUCCUCAAACAUUAGAAGACAGGUACUUGGGUAUGUUGAACCAAGAAAGAUAUACCCCGGAUUUCCUGCGCUAUGCGAGACUGUGUUUCUCGCGCUUCGGGGAUAGAAUCAAACAUUGGAUCACGUACAACGAACCCGGGGUUUAUACUUUAGCAGGCUAUGCAGCAGGCGUCCAUGCUCCAGGUCGGUCUUCGUUCCGCGAUCGCAACGCUGAAGGCGAUAGCUCCACAGAGCCGUUCAUCGUUGCACACACUGAGCUCGUAACCCAUGGUCUUGCAGCAAAACUCUAUAAACAAGAGUUUCAACCUACGCAAAAAGGCACAAUUGGCAUCACCCUGCAUGGGAAUUGGUCCGAACCUUGGGAUAUUUCGGAUCUCUUAGACGUUGCGGCCGCCGAGCGCGCUCGCGAGUUCGAAAUCGGUUGGUUUGCCGAACCACUGUAUGGCAGUGGCGACUACCCGGCUAGCAUGCGGGCUCAACUAGGUGACCGCUUACCAACUUUCACAGAAGAAGAGAAACGUUUAGUAAGAGGGAGUUCGGAGUUCUAUGGCAUGAACACAUACACCUCGUUCUUCGUCCGGCACCGCGAUAGCCCGCCAGACAUUAACGACCAUAAGGGGAACAUUGAAGUCUUUGACAAGAACAAAAGUGGUGUGUCCCGGGGGGAAGAGUCGGAUACGCAGUGGUUGCGAACGGCGCCCUGGGGAUUUAGGAAGCUGUUGCGAUGGAUUUGGAAUCGAUACCACAUCCCCAUCUAUAUGACCGAGAAUGGAACGACCGCAAAGGGGGAAAAAGAACCAUCAGAUACGAUUUUGAAUGAUACACACCGCGUUGAAUUCUUCAGAGGGUAUGUGGGGGAGUUGGCAAAGGCAGUGAAGGAGGACGGCGUGGAUAUCCAGUCGUAUUUCGCCUGGACUUUUACGGACAACUGGGAGUGGGCGGCUGGGUAUACAGAUCGAUUUGGGGUUACCUAUAUUGAUUUCGACUCGCCGAAGAAAACUCGGUAUCCAAAGCGCUCGGCAUAUUUUCUACAGGACUUCUUUUCCCAUCUCAUUGCUGAGUAG